AUGGACACUUCGCUGCAUUGCAACGACCUCUCCUGCCGGUCGGUCUGCCCAGGCCAAGCGGUGGUGACGACCUGCUCCCACAUCUUCUGCCUGCCUUGCGCCCAACGCCUUGGACUCAGCGAGCCCAAGGAUGGCCAGCGCCAGUGCCCUGCAUGCGCAACGCAUCUGGACAACCUAGACGACGCCGUUGUGACGAGUCUCAAUCCUACAGAGGACUACAAGACCAGCAUUCUCAGCGGCUUCAGCCCCGCGGUUAUCAUGGAGUGUGCCAGCCGUGGACUGUCUUUCUGGAGCUACCAAAUGGCACAAGAAAUCACCUAUCAGGCCUACUUGGCGCGCAGUCUGACUGAAAAGUAUUCCGGGCUCAGUACUCAUCUGGACAAUACAGUACGGGAGGCGAAUAGCGAGAACCAGAAACUCAACCACAAAAUUGACACCCUGAGUGCAGACGUGGCUCACCUUAUCGAAACCAAUCAGCGGCUCAAUGAUGAGGUCCGCAAGAAAACCAAGCUUGCCACACAUCAUCAUACCAUGUACAACAAAUUGAAGGAGCAGCAGAUUAGUCUUGACAUUGGUGCCGCCGCAGGCCAAGAUGCGGACAAUGUCUUGCAGGGAGCAGCACAACGACCUCAGAUUCAUCGCCCAGCAGAUGUACCACCUCGUCGAGGCAAUAGUCAUGGGAGCAGUGGGAGUGGCGAGCAGCACCGCCGUAUGACCUUGCCCUACGCUCCUGGUAACAGUCAAGCAUACCGCAAUCAAAGUAGCCAUGCUGGGGUGGAGACCUCUCAAGGUUUUCUUCACGCUACGCCAAACCGUGGCAACCGGCAGCAUCUUCCCAAUCCCACGUACGGACAGUAUGCCACGGGUGUCACGGAGGGGUUUGGCGGGAGGAACGACAUGCUGCGUCAGGGAACUCCUUUACUGAACACUUAUGGCCAUGCGAACCCGACUGGUUACAGACCCGCAGCGAAUGCGGGCAACAAUUUUGGGUUGAGCUCGAAUGUGAAGGUUGGCCGGCAACAGCAGACUGCUCCACAGCGUCGAAUGGCCGGCGGCUACAGCACGUUGAACAUCAGGUGA